AUGACUCAGUUUGCUCGUGCCCUCGUUGCCUCGCGGCUCAACUCUAUUUUGAUCCAUUUGACCGGACUGAACAGUCUGACUUUAGUUAAACAACCUGCCAUUCGAUCCAGCAGAAAAGCCGCGGCUCCAACAAAUCAGGUUAUGCUGCCGAUUCAAAUGUCGGAGUUAAAAACUCUUAAUUGUGUGAGUCUCGAACUCAAAAGUUUACUUUUGCCGCAUCACUCUCACAGUCAAGCUGAACUGAAACUGGCAAUCGGCCAAUUGCUGGGUGCGCUUCGUUGUGGUGCCGAUCUGCUGUCUGGACCUUCCACUCUUGCCCCUUUGGGGAAUGAACACGGCGGUGAGACUGAAGAACGUCUGCUAGCAGAGGAGGCAUCAUCUGCCAUACAAGAGGCCCUGACAGAACAGCACCGCAUCGAGAUCAAGCGAUAUCUAGCCUGGCUAGCUCGGUUCAAUCAGGUCGACCCUCCUUUCACCGGUGAAGCCAACUCUGACCUGGAGACCGACGCCCUCGGGUUCGCCAACAGCUCUCUUUUAUCUCCCGUCUCGCUGGGAGAUACUGUGUUUUCCCUGCGUGAUUCGACUCUUGUAGGCUCAUCGCCUCCACACACUUUUUCUGCCUAUCUUUCCCCUGUCAAUAGCCUCACAGCUGCUUUGCUCGCUGCAUCCUCCUCGACGACUGGCGUCACUCCAUCGGUCACUUCGACUGACGGCUCCUCUCGUCAGUCGUCGAGUGGAGCUAGUCAUACUUUGCGAACAUCUCGUAACACUAUGGCCCCCAUGGGAACCUCAAAUGUUGCUGUGAGUGUACCUUUCAAGUCGAUUGCCCAUGGGCCACUUCUACUUUUGAGCCGAUCUGACGGCAAGUGCUCAUCUUUCCUCUGGCCGAACACGAAAGAAUUAAGUAAAAGUCAGGCAAAAACUUCCUCUUCAGCCGAUGCUAUGCCUUCACCUUCUACUCAAAUCGGCUGGCAACGUGCGCCCUUUGCUUUCAUUGCCGGAUGGCCUGCAAUCACUUCGAGUCGUAGUAGAAGACUGGCCAAUGGCAGUGGCUCUUCUGGCGUUGGUUACCAUUCUACCGGUGCCAGUGAACUUGGG